AUGCAGGCUAAAGAACACGGAGCUAGAAAGGUUCAAGUCUUCAGUGACUCACAGCUGGUGACUUCGCAGAUAGAAGGAAAAUACCAGGCCAAAUGUCCUCUGUUGAUGAAGUACUUGAGUAAAGUUCAGGAAAUAAUGGUCGAUUUUGAUGAGGUGCAGGUCACUCACAUCCCUCGAGGGGAGAAUAGCCGAGCUGGCAUCUUGUCAAAGUUGGCAAGCACCAAAAGUUUGGGUAACCACAGAACUGUGGUUCAACAAAGCAUAACAAUGCCGAGUUGCGUGAUGGUGAUAACCUUGGCACAUGACUGGAGGAAACCCAUAAUGGAUUACCUGGAAAAAGGAAUAUUGCCAGAAGAUCGUCUGAAAUCUAGAAAGCUUGUCCGAGAUGCGGCACAAUACACAAUUGUGAAUGACCAGCUAUUUAGAAAGAGUUUGCACAUCCCUAUGCUAAAGGGUUUGAGGUCGGAAGAAGCAGCAUAUGUCCUAGCCGAGAUCCAUGAAGGAAUCAACGGCCAUCACAUGGGAGGCAAAGCCCUGGCUAGAGAAGCCCUUAGAGCUGGUUAUUACCGGUCGACAAUGGAGGAAGACUCUAAAGAACACGUCAAGAAAUGUGACAGCUGCCAGAAGCAUGCCAGAUUCGGAAUACCAGCCGAGGUGGUCACUGAUAAUGGGACACGGUUUGCUGAUAAGAGAUUCCAACAGUUAAUGAAAGACCUGCAAGUCACACAUCGCUUCGCAUCUGUGGAACACCCACAAUCGAAUGGGCAAGCCGAAGCAACCAACAAAGUGAUUGUGAACGGUCUCAAAAAAUGA